AGUCCGUGCGGAAUCCUAAACCAGCCCAAUUUACAUCCAUUCAUGAAUCUGUGACGUCAGCAAGCCUGCGGGCUCCUGUGCGGUGGGCUGCUGGAUUGUGUGGGCGGAAUUCCCCUCCCCCUCAUUGCUCUAAUCCUGCAAGGCUUUUUAAAUUAACCUUUCAUCUUUUCGAUGCAAGAAAAUGGAACGACAUGUGUAGGAAUUCUUCAUUGUUGUUUUGGAGCCCUCUCUUACAUCAGAACUCUAUUCAGAUAAUCCUCUGAGUGUCAUCUCAGGGCCUCGGGCACACUCAUGGCACGAUGGCCGACCCUCAGGAGCACCUGAGCUGCUCCUCCUCCCCACACUUACCCUUGAGUGAAAACAAAACCUUCAAUGGACUGCAAGAUGAACUCCCGCCCAUGGGGAGCCACCCUUCACCCAAGCUCCUUCAGGACCAGCAGGACAAGGGGGUGGUGCAAACCGAGCUAACGGAGGGCAUGCACAGCCCCAUCACCACAACAGUGUUGACAAGUGUGAGCGAGGAUUCCAGGGACCAGUUUGAGAACAGCGUUCUUCAGCUAAGGGAACAAGAUGAAUCGGAAAUGGCCGUGUCUCAGGGGAACAGCAACACUGUAGAUGGAGAGAGCAUGAGCGGAACAGAAGACAUCAAGAUUCAGUUCAGCAGGUCAGGCGGCAGCAGUGGUGGGUUUCUUGAAGGACUGUUUGGAUGCUUAAGGCCUGUAUGGAAUAUCAUUGGGAAGGCGUAUUCCACUGAUUACAAAUUACAGCAGCAAGAUACUUGGGAAGUGCCAUUUGAGGAGAUCUCAGAGCUGCAGUGGCUGGGUAGCGGAGCCCAAGGAGCUGUUUUUCUGGGCAAGUUCCGAGCGGAGGAGGUGGCCAUCAAGAAAGUGAGAGAACAGAAUGAGACGGAUAUCAAGCAUUUGAGGAAGUUGAAGCAUCCUAACAUCAUCGCUUUCAAGGGUGUUUGUACUCAGGCCCCAUGUUAUUGUAUCAUCAUGGAAUACUGUGCCCAUGGACAACUCUACGAGGUUUUGCGAGCGGGCAGGAAGAUUACGCCUCGAUUGCUAGUAGACUGGUCCACAGGAAUCGCAAGUGGAAUGAAUUAUUUGCAUCUUCACAAAAUUAUUCAUCGUGAUCUCAAAUCACCUAAUGUUUUAGUGACUCACACAGAUGCAGUAAAAAUUUCAGAUUUUGGGACCUCUAAGGAACUCAGCGAUAAAAGUACCAAGAUGUCCUUUGCUGGCACAGUCGCAUGGAUGGCGCCAGAAGUGAUACGAAAUGAGCCUGUCUCUGAAAAAGUCGAUAUAUGGUCCUUUGGUGUGGUGCUUUGGGAAUUGCUGACAGGAGAGAUCCCUUAUAAAGAUGUAGACUCUUCGGCCAUUAUCUGGGGUGUUGGAAGCAAUAGCCUACAUCUUCCAGUUCCUUCCACUUGCCCUGAUGGAUUCAAAAUCCUUAUGAAACAGACAUGGCAAAGUAAACCUCGCAACCGACCUUCUUUCCGGCAGACACUCAUGCAUUUGGACAUCGCGUCUGCAGAUGUUCUUGCCACCCCACAAGAAACUUACUUCAAGUCUCAGGCUGAAUGGAGAGAAGAAGUGAAAAAACACUUUGAGAAGAUCAAAAGUGAAGGGACUUGUAUACACCGCUUGGAUGAAGAGCUGAUUAGAAGGCGGCGAGAAGAGCUCAGGCAUGCUUUGGAUAUUCGUGAACACUACGAGAGAAAACUUGAGCGGGCUAAUAAUUUAUACAUGGAGCUGAGUGCCAUCAUGCUGCAGCUGGAAAUGCGGGAGAAGGAGCUCAUUAAGCGUGAGCAAGCCGUGGAAAAGAAGUAUCCUGGGACCUACAAGCGACACCCUGUCCGUCCAAUAAUCCACCCCAAUGCCAUGGAGAAGCUCAUGAAAAGGAAGGGCGUGCCUCAUAAACCUGGGGUGCAGACCAAACGGCCAGAUCUGCUGCGGUCAGAAGGCAUCCCCAGUGUGGAGGUGGCUCCCGCUGCGUCCCCCUUGUCCGGAAGCCCCAAAAUGUCCACCUCAGGCGGCAAGAGCCGGUACCGGAGCAAACCACGCCACCGCCGGGGGAAUAGCCGAGGCAGCCAUAGUGACUUUGCAGCAAUCUUGAAAAACCAGCCAGCCCCCGAAAACUCACCCCACCCCACGUAUCUACACCAGGCUCAACCCCAGCACCCUUCUCUGCAGCAGCAGUACCAGCAGCCCCCUCCCGCCACGUCUCAGCGUCACCAUCCCAGGCUCAAUGUGCACGGCCAGGACAUUGCCACCUGCGCCAACAACCUGAGGUACUUUGGCCCCGCGGCUGCCCUGCGGAGCCCACUCAGCAACCACGCUCAGAGACAGAUGCCUGGCUCCAGCCCUGACCUCAUCUCCACAGCCGUGGCAGCAGAUGGCUGGAGAAGUUCUGAGCCUGCCCAGGGCCAGGCCGGCCCCUGGGGCUGCUGCCAGGCUGACCCCUACGACCCCUGCGUCCAGUGCAGGCCGGAGCAGUGCGGGCCCCUAGACAGUCCCUUUGCUGAGCCGGUGGGGAGGAGCCCCGACCUUUUCAAGUCACCAGCACACAAUCUCCUCUCAGAAAAUGCCCAAGGUUCUGAGAAAAUGGAAGAAAACGAAGAAUUCAGUGGCUGUAGGUCUGCCUCGUCCCUUGGCGUCCCUCAUCACAACACCCCACCAGCGCUACCUCGAAAAACAAGGCCCCUUCAAAAGAGUGGAGAUGAGUCCUCAGAAGAGGAAGAAGGGGAAGUAGAUAGUGAAGUUGAAUUUCCACGAAGACAGAGGCCCCAUCGCUGCAUCAGAAGCUGCCAGUCGUAUUCAACCUUUAGCUCUGAGAAUUUCUCUGUGUCCGAUGGCGAGGAGGGAAAUACCAGUGAUCACUCAAACAGUCCUGAUGAGUUUGCUGAUAAACUUGAAGACCGCCUGGCAGAGAGGCUCGAUGACCUGCUGUCCCAGACGCCGGAGAUUCCCAUCGAGAUCUCCUCGCAUUCAGAUGGGCUCUCUGACAAGGAGUGUGCCGUGCGCCGCGUGAAGACGCAGAUGUCUCUGGGCAAGCUGUGUGUAGAGCAGCGUGGCUACGAGAAUCCUAUGCAGUUUGAAGAAUCGGACUGUGACUCUUCAGAUGGGGAGUGUUCUGAUGCCACAGUGAGGACCAAUAAAUACUACAGCUCUGCUACUUGGUAAUGAGAGGACACCCAUCCUGAAGAUGACGUGACAAUACUGAUGUUUCAGAUCCACCCCACCCCGAUUCCUCCCGCUCUCCCCCUGCCUUUUUGUCUGGGAAGAGAGCUGCCCCAUCUUUCUUACCCCUAGAAAUAAGCUGCAAUAACAGGAACAUGAGACUUCGCAAAUCUCUGGAAAAAAAAAUAUCCAAAUGAAACUAAGUCUCACUGAACAUUUCAAUCAAGAAUGGCAGGGAUCUAUUUUAUUGAAUAUUCUAGCUACUGUAACAUUGAUAUUUAUUUUUGUUUGACAUUUUAACACUUUGUACUGUAAAGAUUGAACUAUAUAUGAUAGAGAGAGAGACAAUAAUUUCUUGGGGGGAAAAAGAGAGAGAGAGAAAGGAAGAAAGAAGUGAAAUUUAGAAGCAACAUUCUUGGUAAUUUGUGGGGCCAAGAGGUAUUAUUGCUACUUGAACAGGGGACCAGUUCUUUUGACCAUAAGUGACUGAAGAAGAGCCAGAGCAAGACAUGUUGAGCAUUUUAGAAAACAAAGAACAGCAAAAGAAAAGCAAUUCCGGGUAACUUGUGAACAGACCACAUUUAAGUUCAACCAGCUUAUCCUUUGGGUGAUGAAAAUUAUCUAGAAAAGUUUGGUAACCAGAUACUUGCACCCAAGGUCUUUGAGGGCAUGUGCUUCCUCUAGGAGGAAAAAAAAAACUGUAUAUGUGAAAACUGGUUUCAUUUUUAUUUAUUUUAAGCAGCAUUUAGUUGUGAAACUUAUGGAUAGAGUCGAAUCUUCCUUGACAAACAUUUACCUUUUAAAUGCUGUCAUUGCCAUUACCUUGACAAAUGUGUGACCUUGACCAAUGUGCCAUUUCCUCAUAGCCAUUUCCUUUCCACCUGGUGACCGCUUCCUUUAGGAAAAAGGGGAGGGCUGAGAAGAAGAGAAGGACAAGAGAAAAAGGAAACUGACGACAGUGUUAGAAAAGCAAACGUGGAAUUUGUAAAAGUACGUUGUCAGAACCUCUCAGUUCCGCUCGUCCAGAAGGUGGAGCUAGCCCUCUGUGGAACCAGGUCGCUUGUCUACUAGAGUCAUAUUGAUUCAAACAGGAGAACAGACUUUGAAGGCAGCUAGGGUGUGUGUGAGUCUGUCCAAUGUCCAAUCACAAACCAUUCCCUUGUUUUUACUUAUUAACUCAUUCUAUCCUGUAAGCUUUAGUGACUGGCUUCCACUAUCAGAAUAAGGGCAAAAUAAGCAAGUUGCAAAAGACACCCCCACCACAGUAUCCCAGCACAAUAGCAUUUUUGUUCAAAGCUGUUUGUGAAAGGUCUUUUACUUUUCUUCGGAUGAACGCAGUUUUAAAUCACUGGAUUUGGGAAUUUGUGCAAAGAAUAACUGAUGCUGAGCAGCAAUUGGGAAGAUUUUGCCUUUUCCAAAGCAUGAGGUCCUUCCUAUCCAGGGUCAUGGGCUCUGAAAAGCAUGCCAAGGUACAUCAUGGUACCUCAGCUGUAAGCCAAUUUUUAUGUAGAAUUUUAUAUAAAAACAGAUGUCAGCCUCGUUCCUGUCUCUGUCUCCAAGAUAGAUUACUGUCAAACAAUGUCUCUAGGCUCAGAAUCUGAAGGCGAUGGCUAGAGUCUUGGACACGGCAUCGUGUUGGACAUUAGGAGAGACUUACACAUAUUGGCAUUAAACCAUUCCAGUGCAGGUGGAAACGUCGCCCUCCGCUGGGUUUCACUGAUUGCAUCAGCCAAAAAGGAGUCAGGAGGGAAUUGAGAGCAGUUCCUUUUGCUUGUCUGAUCCCUCAUUUGUUUACAAUUUAUGUUGAGAUAUUAAUUUAAAAUUUACUGUCUUUUAAUUUAUAGCUCUUAAGUAAGAUGAAGGAAAAUGUCUAACUUAUACAGAGAACAGUAUUGUUUGCAUUAAAUUAUUCCAUUUUGUAUACAUUCUGUAGCUGGACUACAUGAAAGAUCUUAAGUUAUGGCAUUAUUAUCAUUGUUAUUUUAUUUUAUAAUAAUUAUUGUCAUUCUCAUUUUCUGUGGAUCAGAAGGAGUGGUUUACAGUGUAGCACAAUGAUUGUGUUUAUCGCUAACCAUGAAUUACCGUGAAUUGUUAUGAUUUUUAUGAAGGAAUGAAAAUGAGACUGCCACUCGGGAGCUCUCCAGUAUUCAUCUUAGGUGCAUUCCCUCAUUUUCUGUGUGCAACAAUCAUCUGAGGAUGUGUGCUCUGCCCUGGAGCCCAGUGGGCACAUGGUGACUUUGACUUGAUUGUGGAAGCUCCUGGGUGGGCAGAUGACUGAAUGGAUGGACAAAUAGUUCAAAGGCUGUAAUAUUUCUCAAGUUUCUUAAGAAAUAAAAU